AUUACGUUGCCUGGACUGUCUGAUUAUUGGCGCGGCAACCCGCUCUCUUCAUCCUCCAUCUCCAUCAAACCCUCGAUCCGAUCGCUAUUCAAGGCGACUUGAUUCAUACCCGCCAAGAUGGAUGCGCCAGAGCCCGAACAGACCCCUUUCGCGGCCGUCACAGCCCAUACCACCAAGUUGCAGAGACAAUAUCAAGCGAUCUUGGAUCAGUCAACUCCCUAUGUCACAUACCGUUGGAUUGGCACAGGCGUGGCUCUGCUAAUGUUCUUCCUGCGCAUUUUCUUUGCGCAGGGAUGGUAUAUUGUUGCUUAUGCCCUGGGAAUCUACCUCCUGAACCUCUUCCUGGCCUUCCUCCAGCCGAAAUUCGACCCUUCGAACGACGCCUUGGAUAACGAAAUGGAAGAUGGCUCUGUCGGUACCCUCCCAACCAACCGAGACGAAGAGUUCAAGCCCUUUAUCAGACGCCUUCCCGAAUUCAAGUUCUGGUACUGGGCAACCAGAGCCAUUGGCAUUGCCUUUCUCUGCACCUGGUUUGCCAUCUUUGACGUGCCCGUUUUCUGGCCCGUCUUGGUCAUGUACUGGUUGAUUCUCUUCGUCCUGACCAUGCGCCGACAAAUCCAGCACAUGAUCAAGUACCGCUAUGUGCCCUUUUCCGUUGGCAAGAAGUCUUACGCCAAGGACCGAUCGUAGGCAGAUUGCAUUUCGAUUGCCUAGAGACAAAAAAUCUCUCUUUUAUGGAUUCGAACUGGAAUAUUGGAGGUGGACUUUUUCAAGACGGGUUGACUUUGAGUCGUGUAACAGAUUGCCGUGGCCCACAACGUGCCAGAGUGCGUGGUGGGCUGGAUGCAAAGAGAUGAGUGUAUGGCAAACAGAUGGGCUUUCAAAAGGGAUUACAAAAAAGCGAUUGACGGCCUAUCGAUGAAUCCUUCAAAGGCGUAGAUGGAUGGGUUAGACCAGGGAUGGCUGAUACGAAAUCGCAUGGGAACCAGGUCUUGGAGACGACCUCUCACAGAGAGCCCGCUACCUAUUAUAUUUUAAUUUAAUGAAAUAUUUUUUUUGCGCCUCAGAG